GUGGCGGCGUGGGCUGUGUGUGUGUGUGUUUGUGUACGUGUGUGUGUGUGCGGCGCCCGGUGUGUGCAAGGGUGUUGUUUUUUUUAGUGAGCCAGCGACCCCAGCUGUGGAUAUCUUUGCAUUGCAUAAGUGUGGGGAAGCUGACAGGAAAGUUGAGUUUUAGGGUGUGGAAAGCAUAUAUUUACUGCCUAACAUCUACCUUUUCAAAACCAAAGCUAGACAAGCGUUUUAACCUCCUGGCCGCAACGAGCACGUCAAGAGCACGCUGUCUGUAAGAGACAACACUUCACCUCGACAGUCACCAGUGACAGACUGACAAGAUGGCAUCAGCCUUCAGAAAGAAAUAGGAAGCAGCAAGAAAUGGUUAUGACCAGAGGUCGUGGGAGAGGUAUGCGAGGAGGCAUGAUGCGCCCCAUGGGACCUGGCGGCCCCCACUUUGGCCCCAAGAUGAAGCAGUUUGUGCCACGCCUUCCCUUUGACAUGGUGUUGUGUGAGUCGGCCUUUCCCAGAGUGAAGGCAGCACCAGAUGAGUCAGCAUUCACUCAGGCACUCCUAAAGAGAAAUGCAGACCUGUCCCCCACCGCAGCAGAACAAGCAGCAGUUCUGAACCUUGUCACAAAGAUCCAGACAGUGAUGGACAACCUCAUUGUUGAUCCAGGAACUUUUGAUGCCUGUCAAAUUGAAGAGGUGCGUCAGGUUGGUUCCUACAAGAAGGGCACCAUGAUGACAGGACACAAUGUGGCAGACAUUGUUGUUAUCCUGAAGACACUGCCCACCAAGGAAGCAGUGGAGGCUCUCGGGAAAAAGGUGUGUGAUGACCUGCGCAUAUUGGAGCCUCAGGAAGUUCUGGUACUGACAAUGCUACCCAAUGAUAGAGGCUUUGAGAUCAGCAACAGUGAAGCAACUGUUCGCGUCUUAGUCACAACAAUCCACCAGAAUCUCCGAAAGCUUGACCCAGAACUCCACCUUGACCAGAAGAUUUUACAGUCCCACCUGGCAGCCAUCAGACACAGUCGUUGGUUUGAGGAAAACGCACACCACUCCACCAUUAAGGUUCUCAUAAGACUACUGAGGGAUCUUCGUGGGCGCUUUGAAGGGUUUGAGCCACUAUCCCCCUGGAUGCUGGACCUCCUGGCACACUAUGCUAUCUUGAACAACCCCAGCAGACAAGCUCUCCCUAUCAACUCAGCAUUCCGUCGCUGUCUCCAGCUGCUUGCUGCUGGACUCUUCCUGCCUGGGUCAGCAGGCAUUUUAUCGGCAGGAAUCAGUGAUCCAUGUGAAGGAGGAAACAUCCGAGUGCACACUGCCAUGACCCUGGAGCAACAGGACUUGGUCUGUCUCACAGCCCAGACCCUCCUGCGGGUGCUUUCCCAUGGUGGCUACAAACAGAUCCUAGGUCUUGAGGGUAACUCUAGUAUAGCAAGCGAAAUGUCGGUGUGGGACGGCGUGGUGGUAUCUGCACUGGAGAAGGCCUACGAGAAGCCUCCCGAGCGGCCGCCACAGGAUGAUGACACAGACAACAUGGAUGCAGAUGACGACCCAAUGGAGACAACUGACAACUGAAGAGAGCAUCACUGGUAAGCUGGUGGCACUGCCCUUCUUGCAGUUCCUUCUUUCUCCUCCCUCACAUCUGGUGCCAGGCUUGGAGGUCAACAAGUUGCGUCAAAGAGUGCUCGGAUUAUAGAACAAAUGACAUGUGGUGUCAUUCUGGCAAAGUAUAUUUAAGUACAAGUAACAAUUUGCAUGAAGUGUUGAUCUUGGUGUUCUGUGUUUGUGAGUCCUAAUUUUCAUGAUGAAUUUUUACUUAAGGUUUAAAGUAACAUUUAAUUAGCUAAUAAUGGUCUCCAGUUUGCCCCCACCAAUGGACAAAGAAAUCAUAUACACUGUGAGUCAUUGUCUAAGUGAUUGCGUUUGGAACACAAAUUCUGUGGGGGUUGGUGAUGGAAAGAUACAUGAUCAGCUGCAGCAUCAAGUCAUUGAAGUGUUGCCGAGAGAGAAGUAUUAGCUCAUAGUUCUCUCUCUCUCUCUCUCUCUCUCUCUCUCUCUCUCUCUCUCUCUCUCUCUCUCUCUCUCUCUCUCUCCUACAAGUGAUGUUUCCUGUUGGAGGAACAAUUUUCUUCCACUACUGACUGCCCUGAAACAAGUGAAAGUUUCCCUAAAGUUCAACAAGAGCUUGAAUUGCAAGAUGGUGUCAGUACAAAGCUUUGCUAUGACACCAAAAUUAUUUUGUCUUGAAAAAUUAAUACAUCACCAAUUGUAAUAAUUACUCUAUAACAGCUUUUUAGAAGAUACUUGAUUAUUUACAAAAAUUGUCUGUUAUAGGUAAGAAAUUAAACAUAAGUUUGCAUUUUGCACUCAUGUAAAUUUUUGAUGUUUUCAUAGUUCAGUUUUAUAUUUAUUUACAUAAAAGUAAGUAUUAUACCAUCUUUAGAAUUGUUCUUAUUACUGAGGUAUCUGUGAAUAUACGCUAAAUACUA